ACCUGGAAUACUCACAUCUCAGCACCCUGCACAUCAGACUGAGUCAAACACUUUCACGAGAAGCCAAUUCCUAGUUUUGUCUUAGAUCAUGGUAACCGGAGCAAUAAAACCAACCCAUUCCGGCGAUGUCGUCCCAUAUCCCCCUCCACCCGAAGCAUGCGAGGGCCAAGCACCUUCAAUACUCGAAAUACCGCCCGGGGAUUACUACAUCCGAGAGUUUCUAAGUCUGAUAGAACCCACACAUGCUCUGCGGAAGCAUGGCUACAGCUUUGCACAGUUGACAGACGAGGACAUUCACCAAAAACGAAGAUGCAGUAAAUGCAAUCAAACUAUCCAACAGCUCAGUAAGGGUCUGCAACAGGCCAUAACGCACCGUAGCCAACAGCUUCUCUCACAUCCACCGGACACGCCCUACAAGACAUUGCCAAGUAUGAUCAUACCAUACGAGAACGGCAGCUCUGGUAUUCAGUAUUGCACAAUAGAAUGCCACUACCACUCAGCGCCAGUCGACCGCGCGACAAAGUGCUGGUUGUGUUGCGGAAAGCACGUCUCGGAGGCCAAGCCGUGUAGGAGUUCCGACAAGCACGGGAUACGUGAAUAUCGACCAGGUGAGCUCGAACGGCUACAUCAAAUCCAACCAACUCCACCUUUUCGUCAUUGGGAUUCGGACCGCAGGAUGAACGCGAAAUUUGCCGUAGCAAUUGAUUGCGAGAUGGGAACAGCCAGGAGUGGAGACUCUGAGCUCAUUCGCCUAAGCGCCAUCGAUUACUUAACCGGUGAAGUGCUCAUUAACAACCUUGUCAAGCCUGAUCAACCAAUGCAACAUCUCAACACAAAGUGGUCGGGCGUUACUUGGGAUCAAAUGAACGAAGCUGUAAGAGAGAAGACCACGCUGAAGGGGAAGACUGGGGCGAGAAAACUGUUGUGGAAAUUUGUCGGACCAGACACUAUUCUCGUCGGACACAGCGUUCAUAAUGACCUCAAAGCACUGAAGUGGCUACACACAAAGGUUGUAGACUCCUAUGUCGUAGAGCAUAAGAUGAUUCAGGAGAAGAAGGCAGCCGAGGCCAGAGAAAAGGAAAUUGCCGAAGCGGCGGCAAGAAGGGGUGAGGAACGCCUUCUAGAGACCACAGGACUAGCGACGAGUAGCAUGCCCACCUCAGUGGCCGACGCGCAAACAAUGGGCGACUCAAUCAACCCCACUGAGGGUGAGCCCAAGAAGAAGAAGAAAAAAGGCACAGGUGAUCUGGCGUUGAAGACACUGCUGAAGAAAUACCUGGACACGGACAUCCAGACCAGAGGCAAUCAAGGUCAUGAUAGCUUGGAAGAUGCAACUGCGGCGCGGGAUCUAGUUCAUUGGAUGGUUAUGCGUCGGCUCCAGGAGAAGUAUGGCGUAUUGAUGUAGCGGUGGUUGUGUAUUACACUGCGUGAACGUAAUGUCAAAGCCAUGGCGAUGGACGUGGCCAUACUAAGACAAGCAAUGAGCCGAAAGCUCCAAACUGCCCCUGAAUCUUUCUCAAAGUCAAGAGAAGAUUGCACGGUGACGCGUUGCGAUGAGUGG